ACGCAUUUCGCAAAGAGAACCUAUUCGGAACUAAGUACGUUGCAUCAAUUGACCAUGAAGUUUUUACCAACGGCUCUAGCCUUGUGGCUGUUUCAAGAAGUACUUGCUAACGACAAUAUUUCGCAAGCUACGGAAGAUACUACGACUUCUCGCCACCUCCGCAAGCCCAAGAAGACGAAAUCGAUCCAAGCCACUUCAGUACUCACAGUCAAUGAAAAUCCACCACUUUCUCCCGUCAUCGCUGAAUCUCGCAUCGUUGGUGGAGAAGAUGCCAGUGUAGGAGAAUAUCCAUACUUCGUUCUGGGUAACGGAUGCGGGGCUAGCUUGAUUUGGAAAGAUAUCGUUCUCACUGCUGCCCACUGCGGCAACGCCUUCAACAAUCGAGUUCUUGUGGGUGCGUAUCGGUAUUGGUCCACCAAUUUCGAGGCCGAGUGGAUCAAUGUUGCACAGACUGUGCGCCAUCCAAAUUACAAUGGAAAUACGGAGGCCAAUGAUUUUAUGAUUGUCAAACUGAGUUCUGCUUCCAGUGCGACGCCUGUCAUAAUCAACAUGGACGCCAGCAAUCCGUCUAUCAACGAAAGUCUGACAACGAUAGGCUUCGGUGCAACCACUGAAGGUGGAUCUGGCAGUAACAUUCUCCAAAAAGUGACACUUAACUACAUCAACCCAAAUACCUGUAAUUCUCAGUAUGGCGGUCAAAUCCAAGAAGAUAUCAUGAUGUGUGCCGGUGUACAGGGGGGCGGUAAGGAUAGCUGCCAGGGUGACAGUGGAGGCCCGAUCAUGGAUUCUGACGGUGUUCAAGUAGGAGUCACCAGCUGGGGUAUCGGUUGUGCCCGACCUAACUACCCCGGUGUGUACUCGCGUAUUUCUGGUGUUAAAGAUUGGAUCAAUGGACAAGUCUGUGCGCUGUCAAGUGACCCCCCUCCCUCUUGUGGUGGCGGCGGAGGAGACUCCGGUGGUGGUGGGGAUGACACAGGCUUCACCGUUCGUGUUGUCGUAAAACACGACGAUUAUCCUGAAGAGACAGGAUGGACGGUUUUUGGGUCCGACAACGCCGUCGUUUUGAGUCAAACUGAGGGUGAGUUUCAACAAGAUGGUGGGACGGUGGACAAAUCAGCUUUUGUUGAAGAGGGUCAAUACACGUUCAAAAUCGUGGACAUGUAUGGCGAUGGUAUCUGCUGUGGCUUCGGAAGAGGAGAGUUCGAUGUAUAUGUCAAUGAUGAACGAGUUGGUGGAGGCAACGGUCAGUUCAAUUCCGAAACGUCCUUCUCAUUUACUGUUGGAGAGACCAGCGAAGAAGAGCCGUCGUUGGUUUUCAAAGUGGACGCGCAGUAUGAUGCAUGGCCUGGCGAAUUUUCCUGGUGGAUCCAGGAUCGUACCACCAACUCCAAUAUUGUCAGGUACAAUGCUGGCGAAGUCACCGAACAAAACGCCUUGGUGUCGGAAACGCUAGACCUCGUAGCAGGACGCCUCUACACGUUGCGCUUGCGAGACUCGUACGGCGACGGCAUUAACGUUGGAGGCGAUGGUUUCGUGGAAGUCUAUGCCAUGGUCGAUGGCCAAAAGCAGCGACUCAUCUUCAACGACGGCAAUUUUCGUUCUAGGUGGAACAAAUCCUUCCGUGUCCCCGCUGACCUGUCUCGCAUUGGCGAUGCUGUUAUGAUCGAACUGGAAGACAGCGUGGACAACGAAAAAAGUGAUGGCGACGACGACAGCUGCACGGAUGGAUGGGCGCUUUUCGACGUUUCCGCUCACGUAGGUCAACAAGGUUGCCAUUGGCUUGCGGAUAACUAUGAUCGCUAUGAGUUCCUCUGCGAGUUUGUCGAUGUAGUGGUUGCGUGCCCCCAUACCUGUGGCCGCUGUGGCUUAUUUGUGUAAGGAGGCCCUCCUUCUUGCUUUAGGAAACGCUUGUUGUCUCUUUCGAAAUAACAAAACUCCAUUAGACACAACGGAUCAGCUUCACUCCGAUGUGUCGCGAGCGAAGGGAUAACAUAAAAUCAAUUUACGUAUUCAUG